AGUAGUUCGUGGUUAAUUACGAGAUGCAUGAACUUGAUAAACCACUGCUAGAACUUUUGAAGAUGCUGCAAACUGCUGAAGAGAGCUUGACGAAAGGAAAGGGGAAUUGUGUCCUUCUAGUUCAAGGAGGAAAAGGCAAGAAGAAGUUCAAAAAGGCAAAGAAGAAUGGGCCUAAAGGAAAGGGUAACACCGAGCCAAAGUCCAAUUCUUCCAAGCUCAACCUAAAGGUGGAGUGGCUAAAGAUACCAUUUGUCAUCACUGUGGUGAAGUUGGCCACUGGAAGAGGAAUUUCAAACAGUAUUUGGCAACCAAGAAAAGGGGUGAAGCUUCUGCUUCAGGAACUGAAGAGAAGUAGUAGGAAUGUUGAUCUUGAAGAUGCAAGGGAUAUUGGCUUCCCAUUGAUGUUUGGGACUUACCCAUCGCUGAUUCACUCCUCAGCUUUUGCUGAGCGUGUAGUUGUUUUUGCUACACGCAGAAUGGGUCAAGCACCAGGCAACGAUAGACAGGCUGUCCCGCAUGGGGAGCCUGAGCACAUGAGUACCAUCAUUACCGGAAGCGUGUCAAGCGUUGACUCCAGUCGAACCUUCGUGCUCGGUAAGAGACGAAAGAACAAGAGGCAAAGUUACGAAUCAAAAGAGCGCUACCAACGUGCACACCGCAAGGCUCGGAUAGCAAAGCUAAGAAUCUGGAAGCGCCGAAAGGCAGCAUGGGAAAGAGAUGAUCCAGAGGAAACGCUCAGUGUGGACUCUGCUAAUAGUAUCUGCGGCUCAGGUGGGGAUAAUCCUCCAGUGGACUCAGCCCGACCAGACGAGUGGGAGUGGGUUGCCUGCUAACUGAUGACAUAGUCAAAGCCGUAAUCGAUGCAACAUUUUGUCCCACCUAUCUAAACCAAAUAUGUUUCUUGAAUGAAUUCGUCAAUUGGUCUCUAAUUUAUUAUGCAAACGUAUGCUUCACAAAAUAAAGUUUUGGGUAACCC